AUGCAGACUGUUUCUACAAACAUUUGUGAAAGAAUGGGUCGCUCUCAGGAGCUCAGUGACUCCAAGCGUGGUACCGUGAUAGGUUGCCACCUGUGCAAUAAGUCCAUCCGUGACAUUUCCUGGCUACUAAAUAUUCCACGGUCAACUGUUAGUGGGAUUAUUACAAAGUGGAAGCAACUGGGAAUAACAGCAACUCAGUCACCAAGUGAGCGGGGUCAGCACAUGCUGAAGUGCGCAGAAGUCACCAACUGUCUGCAGAGUCCAAAGACUUUCAAACUUGGUGUGGCCUUCAGAUUAGCACAACAACAGUGUGUAGAGAGCUUCAUGGAAUGGGUUUCCAUGGCU